CGCAUAUUACUAACGUCAUCACUCCGCUCACCCUGAAACUCUCCCUAGUACAGUGCACGUGUGGUUGUUGUAAACUCCCUCCAUGGCGGGCUCCUUUUCUCAGGAGCUUGAGGACUUGUUGAACCCUCUGCCUAAAUUUGCAGACCCGGAGGAUGACGGGGACGAGGCGACCAACGCGAAAGUUACGGAAAGAUUCAGCGAGGAUGAAGACGAAGAUGGAGGCGGCCUCAGUGCCCUGCGGAAGAGCAACACAACCCUGCUGUCAGACACCGACAGACGGUACGUGGGGAAGACAGUGUCCCGUAAACAGCUUCUGAUAGAAACUGGGGGAUCUGGUGAGGAGGAGGAGGAGGAGGAGGAGGAGGAGGGCAGUAUAGAAGAGCUAGAAGAAGAUGAUCCUUUGGGGGAUGAAGAGGAGGAGGAAGAUGAUUUAGAAGAAGAUGACGAUGAAGAGGAGGAGGUGGGCAGUGAUGCUAAACUGGCGUCUAAGAAAAAGGGGAUGACCCUUCCUCAAGGAGUGGACUUCAACAAGCUGACAGAGGGCAUGGAUGACCUGGGAGUGAGUGAAGAUGAAGAUGAUGACGAAGAGUCAGAAGGCAGCGAUGAAGAUGACGACGACUCUGAGAUGGAUGAUGAAGAAGGUGAGGACGAUGGAACAGUCCGCACGUUUUCCCAAGACAAAGUGGACGAGGAGGUGGAGAAAGGCAAGGCUGUGAAGGAGCAGCUGGCCCUGUGGGACCAACUGCUGGAGGGCAGGAUCAAAAUGCAGAAAGCUGUGAUCACCGCCAACCAGCUCCCGCAGCCGCAGACCUUCCCAGAGUUCAAGAAGAGGGGCGGGGCGGAGCUGGCGGGGGAGCUGAAGAACUCCCACAAGGCUCUGAAAGCCCUCCAGAGAUCCCUGCUGGAGCUCCACGACGAGCUGCUGUGGCAGAGCGCCGACACCAGGAGCGUCACUGUGGGGCCAGCCGACGAAGACGAGGAGAUACCCAGCGAUGAGGAGGAAGAGGUACGAGGUGUAGCGCCCAAACGGAAGCUGGAGAUGGCGGAGUACCCGGACUUCAUGGCUAAACGCUUUGCCGCUUUCCAGCCUUACCGCAACGCCACGCUGCAGAAGUGGCACGACAAGACCAGGCUGACUCUCGGGAAAAGCAGCAAGGGCUUCGGGGCGUUCGACAGGAACAUCCUGACCCAGGUGGAGCAGGUGCUGAUGGACAACGAGAGGCUGGUGCGGCGGACGCAGACCCGGCGCUCAGAGUACAAAGUGCUGGGGAAAAAAGAGGUGUCUAAUGUCAUCUCUGAGCCCGUCUGCAUAGAGGGAGAGGAGGUGGAACAGGAGCUGAAGGCCAACACGCAUCUCAAGGAUCUGGACGAGGAUAUAUUCGACGAUGAUGAUUUCUACCACCAGCUGCUGAGAGAGCUGAUCGAGCGCAGGACAAGCGCAUCGGACCCCAACGACCAGGUGGCCAUGGGCCGGCAGUGGCUGGCCAUCCAGAAGCUGCGCAGCAAGAUCAAGAAGAAGGUGGACACCAAAGCCAGCAAGGGCCGCAAAGUCCGGUUCCACAUCCACAGCAAGCUGAUGAACUUUAUGGCUCCUGUAGACCACAGCUCCGUGAGCGACGAGGCCCGCAGCGAGCUGUACCGGGGUCUGUUUGGGCAGAACUCAGCUGUCAGGGAAUAGUGCAGGAAGUGAGCAUGGGAACCAUAACAAAGUGCCUGAUGCUGAGCAGCUGUUUGUGUUGGGACAGAGACUGGGCAGGCUGUUGUCAGAAGAAACCUGAGAAAUGUGUGUCAUGUUGUAUAACUUUUAUACUGAGUAAUGUUUUCAGUACGUGUUUUUGCCGAAUGAUACAUUUCUGAUUAAAAUGUCAUACACGAGUGUUUUCACUAAAUCAAAAUGCCUCGUAAAAAAUGUCCAUCACACAUCUAAGAGUCCAAGUCCAAGAAAAUGAGCUUGAAUGGAUUUUUUUCUCAGUAAAAACCCAAAGAUAUUCCCAAGAUAUAAAACAGAGAAAAGAAGAAAGUCUCCAUAUUCAAGAUUCCAAAAAGUGUAUAUAGUUGUUGACUUUUCCAUGAACAACUGAUAUGGGGUGGCUGUAGCUCAGGUUAGGGCACUGAUCUGCAUUUAGGGGGUCAGCAGUUCGAUGCAGACGAAGAGUCCUCGCGCCACAUAAUGAACCCCACACUUCUCAGGUAUACAUGUAUUGAGUGUCAGUAAGUUGCUUUGGAAAGGGCGUAAGCUGAGUACUAUGUAAUGUGAAACUAAUCAUAACUGCUCUAGACUAUCAAAUUGAUUUGAAGGAAAACCAUGUUUUCUUCCGUCAUCAAGUCUCACUACUCAGGUGAAGUAUGCUCUAAAAAUAGUUUGGAAUAGGGAACUACCCUAAUGUAUACUCUGUGGCCCAUAUCCAUACAAACUAUCCUUCAUACUUAUUAAUAGUACCAUUUUACUAGUUAGUAUACAAAAGAUCUAAACAAUGGAAUAAAACCAUACUAGUGCAAUACAACUGCAGUCUUCAAAUGUCACUGCUAAUAAACUUCACAUA